AUGUCUCACGAAAGCGUCUGGAACUCCCGACCCCGAAACUACGGCAAGGGCUCUCGCAGCUGCCGCGUCUGCAAGCACAAGGCUGGUCUCAUCCGAAAGUACGACCUCAACCUGUGCCGUCAGUGCUUCCGUGAGAAGGCCAAGGAUAUCGGCUUCAACAAGGUGAGUUUUAAUCGAGCGGAAUCACUUAUGUGCCCCAACACCCAGGGCGACGCCCAGUGA